AUGUUGAUAAUCAACGACUUGAUAUUAUAUUACAAGAAAAUACUUUUUACUAAUAAUCUUAAGUUUGUAAUAACAACAUUAACUGAUGAUAUUUUCUCAAUUGCUGAUCCAAUAUUAAAUCGAUUUUGCAUAAAUAUCUUACCAAAAAUUCAUUACAAUGUUAAAUCUCUUAUUCUUGAUUCAAUAUCUAUGGAAAAAAUUCUUCUUGCUGGUGAUUAUCCUAAUUUAACUCAACUUAAACUUUUCAAUUUUAAUGGAAAAAUUGUUUCACGUUAUUUUACAUGUGAAUCACCUUUUCGACAUAUUUUUCAAGAACAAAUUGCAGAUCUUAUUCUUGUAUUCGAAAAGAAUUUUAAUGCAAUAUCAAACAAACUUUAUGCAACCAAUUUAUAUGGAUAUGUUUUCAAUUUCUUCGUAAAUCUCAAACAUUUAUCUAUUAUUGGAUUAUUUCCAUAUCGUGUUCCAUGUUUGAAAUUUCGUCAAUUACCUUUAACUAUUUGUUUCCAUUCAACUCUUUACAAAUUAUCCCUUUCUGUUCAAAAUCUUGAAGAUUGUUAUGCUUUACUUGAUGGUCGUCUUAAACAAUUAACUACAUUAAUUCUUCAUAUUGUUCAACCAGAAUAUUCAGAAUAUUAUUCAUCAAAUAUCAAUAAUAUGGUAAGUUUUAUACUUUAUUAG